GCCACAGCCGGUCCGGUCCCGGGGGUUCCCGCCGCCAUGUCUCUGAGCAGGAAUCUGGUUCUGUCGCGGGCGAAGGCCUCGGACCUGGACACUGUUAGAAAGCUAAACUGUUGGGGUAGUAAUCUGAAAGAUUUUUAGGACUUGUGUGAAGAUCUGAUCACAUUUUAGAUCAUACUUAUACAGAAAUAGAGAAAAUUCUACGAGGUUCACAAACUUUCUAGCACCAAUCUGUCUGUAUUAAGGGACAUGCCCAACAUAGAGGUGAUUACCUUAAGUGUGAACAAUAUCUCAUCUUUGGUGGAUUUCCAGUACUGUCAGAAUAUCAGUGAACUUUACCUCAGGAAGAACAAUAUACAAAAUCUGACAGAAAUCUGCUAUCUAAAAGGACUACACCGCCUAAGAGUAUUGUGGUUGUCAGAAAAUCCUUGCUGUGGGACAGAUCUCCACAAAUAUAGAAUGACUGUGCUCCGGAACUUGCCACAACUGCAGAAGUUGGAUAACCAAGCGGUGACAGAGGAGGAACUGGCUCAAGCUUUAGAGGAUGGAGACGAGAUUGCUUCUGUGUCGGGCAAAGAACCAAUGGAGUCAACAAUCAGCCACUCGAGGAGAGAAUCCGGCACUUCUGAACCAAGCACUGAAAUAGAAAGCGACCUCUUAAGCUUCAGAAUGGAGGAAACAAAUAAAAUCAGAGAGGAGCUUGGAAUGAAACCAUUGGGAAGAGAUAAAUUUUCCUCCUCUGUUGUAUUGAAGGAAAUAAAUGCAAGCAACAACAGCAGAAGGCGCACCUCAAAUGUGUUGAACGCUGUCCUGCUGCUGUUGAAAGAGCUCGAUGCUGACGGACUGGAGAUUGUGCACAGAACAGCAGAACAUAAACUCAGAACGUUACACAGGAAAGAGGCUGAACAGGAAAGAUGAAUGCAAGUGAUCUGGGCAAAUUGAGUUCCAUCUUUGUGAACAUGGUUUCAAAAUUCACUAGUCAUAUCGCAGGAGUUUAUACAGAAAAUAUAUAAGAUCAAGUACCUGCAAAUUAUCUAUCUGCAUCAACCCCUGUGGAGACACCGCCCUCUGUAAUCACCAAGCUUGGGCUGAUGGGAGAAUCGGGACUCACCAGUCUCAUGUGCAGGGAUGGAGUUUAGGUGGGAGAGUUAACUUCACAAUACGAAAGAGUGGGUACAGGGAAAAAAAACAACAGAGUGCUAUUUAAUCUAAAUUAACACCUGAGAGAGAGAAUUAAUGAACAGAACCUGUCACAGUACAUAUAUUGGGCAUGGGGAAGUGGAAGAAAGUAGUGACUUAAAAUUCAAGUUUACUACAAGAGGUUAAAUCUACACUAGUGGAACUUUGCCAUCCAACAGGUAGUGAUCUGAAUUGAGCAUAGAAAUUGUAAGCUCAGAUAUGAUAUACUGUUUACCUGGUUACUGAUAGCACUAUACUGCAGAUUCUCGUUCAGACCGUAUCAGCAAAUAAGUUCUUUAGAUUACACCAGCCGACAUUGCAUGAAGCUUUAUCAUUAUCUGAUCAAAAUAAAAUUAUUCUA